AGGUGCUUGUUUGCUUUGUUGGCUUCUCAUGAGACACGCAGCCAACAGCUAAAAGGCAACAAAUCAAAAAUUACAGUCCUUGUCCCGCGCCAACCCGUGCCAUCCGAGAAUACGUAUUCCAUGCAAUGAGUCCCAAGAGCGCCCAAGCCUGACAUUCAAUAGGUGAGGUUAGGUACCUGAUAUUCUUUCCAUCAACCGCAUCAACCGCAUCAUCAUUCCUUUAACACCCUAUUUGUUCGACCCUUCCAACAAUGGAAUCGCAACGAAACGCGGCUGAGCAUGCCGCGCAGCCCGGUAACUUGCGAUUAAUACUGAUUAUGGUUGCGCUUUGUUUAGCUGUCUUCUUGACGGGCAUGGAUCAAACUAUCUUAGCUACGGCUACACCAGUUAUCAGCGAUGAAUUCAAUGCCCUAGCAGACAUUGGGUGGUGGACAAACGCUUACUUCCUCACCCUGAGUAGCUUCCAGCUGUUCUACGGAAAGCUUUACAGCCACUUCUCCAUCAAGCUGAUCUAUCUAGCCGCCGUCGCCUUAUUCGAGGUCGGGUCUUUGAUCUGUGCCACGGCUCCCAAUUCCGUGGCUUUGAUCAUCGGCAGAUCGAUUGCCGGCCUCGGGGCCGCCGGCAUUUUCUCUGGUGGCAUAUUGAUCACGACCAAGAUCAUCCCUCUCGAUCGCCGCGCCGCUUACUUGGGCAUCAUGUCUGGCGUGUUCGGGCUCGCAGCCAUUAUCGGCCCGUUUCUCGGUGGAGCACUGACCGAUAGAGCUACCUGGAGAUGGUGUUUCGGGAUCAACCUGCCUCUAGGUGCUGUCACGGUCGUCCUGUGUGCCGCGUUCGUCCGUAUGCCCAAGGAGCAGAGCACGCCAGCUACCAGCUUCGCCAAGAAAUGCCAGCAGUUAGAUAUACCAGGGACGGCCUGCUUGGUCGGGGCCCUAAUAUGUCUCUUACUUGCGCUGCAGUGGGGAGGUUCAACAUAUCCUUGGAAGAAUGGACGCAUAAUCGCCUUAUUCAUUGUCUUUGGUGUCUUGACGAUUGUGUUUGUCGUAAUUCAGACAACUUCGAUUACCGGAACUGCGCGUACAAUCCCUUCAAGCUUAGCGCGGAACCGUGACAUAUGGCUCGCCGCCAGCUAUGCUAUGUGUAUAAGUGGCGGCGUCUAUGUCGCUGUGGUCUACCUUCCGGUAUGGUUUCAAACAGUGCGUGGCUCUUCAGCCCUUUCGUCAGGAGCGUUGCUCUCUCCUCUGAUUGCCGGAUAUGUUGUCGGCUCCAUCAUUGCAGGUGCAGUCACCAGCAUGGUUGGAUACUAUAACCCGGGAAUGAUCGCAGGCACUGCGCUGGCAAUAGCCGGGGCCGCACUUCUAACGACGAUAAACCUAGACUCUUCUACAGCUCGAAUUGUCGGGUAUCAGUUGUUAUAUGGAUUUGGCGUCGGCUUCGGCUUUGGGCAGCCCAGCUAUGUAGUCCAAACCGUACUGCCAAGCGCCGACAUACCUGUGGGGGUAACCUUUAUCACGCUAACCCAAAAUCUCAGCUCGUCCAUUUUUGUGGCUGUGGCACAGAGUAUCCUACAAGGCGAGCUGCGCUCCCGCCUUCAAUCUGUAAUCCCCGAUUUGGACGUCUCCUCGCUCCUAAACUCAGGUGCCGGUGACUUGAUAUCUACGCUACCGCCAGAGAGCCGGGGGGCAGCAAUUGAGGCUUACAGCCGCUCUCUCAUACUGACGCUUUACAUUUCGCUAGCUUUGAGUUGCGUAUCUGUUAUAGGGGCUUUGGGGAUUCGGUGGGGCUCUAUGAAGAAAGUCAAGAGUGAAGCUCUUAAUGGUACAGAGCCUCAAACGAUCGAACAGGAGGAAACAACGGAAAUAAAGAGUGAAGAGCACCAGGUUAACGAAACUAAUGAAAGCAAGUAAUUCGAGGUAAGGGGUCGGUGCAAGUAAUUCUGCAUUACCAGUGUUCGAUAAUAGAUUCUAUUUUUGGAGACGGGUAUAAUAUGUUCUGAAUAGAGUUAUUCGAUAUCCUAGUUGUUUAGGUUACCCACCUUAACCACUAUGGACAAUUUGUGUUAUCUAGAUUAGGACAGGAGCUUUUGUCUCUCUUCUUUAUUAUCAAAUCAUCAAUAGCCCAUACGUAAACGAAUAACAACGAUAUAAUGACCUCGAUGGCUCAGCCUGUAUCUCACACAUUUGGGAUAAAAUUCAUAUGAUAGUACACUUUUCCCGGAU